AUGGCUCCUGGAAACUGGACAAGAGUAACUCAGUUCAUCCUCAUCAGCUUCUCAUCCCUGCCCACUGAAAUCCAGUCAUUGCUCUUCCUCACAUUUCUGAUCAUCUACCUGAUCACACUGAUGGGAAACAGCCUUAUCAUCCUGCUUACUGUGGCAGACCCCAUGCUGCGCAGUCCCAUGUACUUCUUCCUCAGGAACUUGUCCUUCAUGGAGAUUGGUUUCAACCUAGUCGUUGUGCCGAAAAUGCUGGGGACUCUGCUUGACAAGGAAACAACCAUCUCCUUCCUUGGCUGUGCCAUCCAGAUGUAUUUCUUCUUCUUCUUCGGGGUGGCUGAGUGCUUCCUCCUGGCCACCAUGGCAUAUGACCGCUAUGUAGCCAUCUGCAGUCCCUUGCACUACCCAGUCAUCAUGAACCAAAGGACAUGUGCCAAACUCGCAGCUGCCUCCUGGUUCCCAGGCUUUCCCGUAGCCACUGUGCAGACCACAUGGCUUUUCAGCUUCCCAUUCUGUGGCACCAACAAGGUGAACCACUUCUUCUGUGACAGUCCACCUGUGCUGAGGCUGGUGUGUGCAGACACUGCACUGUUUGAGGUCUAUGCCAUUGUGGGAACCAUUCUGGUGGUCAUGAUACCUUGCUUGCUCAUCUUAUGUUCCUAUACUCGUAUCACGGCUGCCAUCCUCAGGAUUCCAUCAGCUAAGGGCAAGCACAAGGUUUUCUCUACCUGUUCCUCCCAUCUCCUUGUUGUCUCCCUUUUCUACGUGUCUUUGAGCCUCACCUAUUUCCGACCUAAGUCGAAUAAUUCCCCUGAGAGUAAGAAGCUUCUGUCACUGUCCUACACUGUUGUGACGCCCAUGUUGAACCCCAUCAUCUACAGCCUGAGAAAUAAAGAGGUGAAGAAUGCCCUUGGCAGGACCUUCCACAAGGUCCUUCAGAAACCAUGUCCACUAGUCAGUAAGAAGUAG